CGCGUACCCAACGAACUACUAUCGUACAUCUUCCUUUAUGCUUCCAGCCAAACAAACGCGGUACACCUCUCCCACGUCUGCUCGCGGUGGCGCAAUGUCGCGCUUUCUACGGGUAGCUUGUGGACGGAUAUUAUCGUCACGUUCCCUACCUCCGUCGGGCAGCUUUCAUGCGCUUUGACGUGGCUCCGCCGCUCCAGGGUCCAUCCCCUUGAUUUGUACCUGGACUUUCGCGACCCCGAUUGGGACUGGGAUGAGCAUUCACACGGGUUCGGGCCAGAGGACAUGCAGGUGGUGCUGCGCCUUCUCUUGCCGCACGCGAACCGAUGGAGGUCCCUGAGCGUCCUCACGGACACAUGGGCACCAAUGUGGACAUUUCUGAAAGAGACUCAGCGCGUGGAUAUGUCGUCCCUGAGAUCCGUGAAAUUGUCGCGGUGCAACGCGUAUUUCGUAGGAAAGGGGGAGACGUUCGAGCCCGUAGGGUUGAAGGAGCCGCUGCGGCUUUUUGGGGGUCAGGGGAUAUCGGCGUUGAAGGAGGUGGGACUGGUGGGAGUGCAUGUUGAUUGGACGGGAUCGGGACUGAGGAAUUUGGUGGACUUGGAGCUCAAGUACCAUGCGAGCGACGUUAUGCCGACUUUGCGGGAAUUUACAGCCAUUUUAGAAGGAUGCCCGGAGCUGAGGUGUCUUUCCAUUGUGGGGUGGGGACCUAGGUUUGACGAUCCUGCAGUGCUGCCGCAUUCGAGUGCGACGACCAUUAGCUUGCCCAACCUGAUUCGGUUCUCCUUCGGUUUUGUCGACACGGAGUAUGCGAUCCGGUUGCUGGAGCAUAUGGAACUACCGGUUCUAGUGGAGCUGGCCCUCGAAGAUUUGUCAAGG